AUGGGAAAAAUCGACGAUCUCGCGGAUGAGCUUCACGGAUCUUUGGCGUCGGUGGCGACGGUAGCAACAAUGGCGGAAAAUUGGGAGCAGCAAAAGAAGACAAACGAGACGACGAGCCAGAGUAUUUCGGAGAUUCACUCGAGUCUAUCACGACUCACGGAAAUGAUGAUCAGAAUCGAGGCGAAUCAAAACAAUCCGACGGCGAAUCAAAACAAUCCGACGGCGAAUCAAUGGAAUCCAUCCACGAGUAACCACAAUCCGGGAAAUUUCACGACGCAUUCUCCACCUGUGCGUGAGGUACGUAAUCAGAAUCCUCAGGAUCCGGGAGAUCCUAGACCGUUAGGUUAUCGGGGAAUCAAUAAUGCUUUGGAAAAUAGAAAUGCUAUGUUGAAGAAGAUUGAGCUGCCACAGCUUGAUGGAUCUAGUCUGUAUGGAUGGAUCUUGUUAGCAGAGAGGUUUUUCAGGUUGGGAAGAUACUCGGAUGAAGAACGUUUAGAGCUGCUAUCAAUUACCUUGAAAGGUCCAGCUCUGCAUUGGUUCUAUAGAGAAAUGUCAAGGGGUCCGUUCAGAGAUUGGCCUCAGUUUAAGAAGAGGAUGAUUGCGAGAUUCAGUCAGAAAAUGGAGGAGAAUCGAGGGAAGGGACUGUUCAGCCUGAGACAAACGGGUUCAAUUGCAGAUUAUGUCAAUGAGUUUGAGGAGCUCACAACAAUGGUGCCAAGGAUUGAUGAAGAAAACUUGGAGCACAUGUUUUACAUUGGCCUCAAAACGGAAAUGAAAGAGGUGUUGAAGAUGCAGAAACCUAGAGGGUUAACGAACUGUUUCAACGCAGUGAUUUCAAUGGAAGAUAGUGCAUUUUGCAAGUCGAUGGCAGAGGCAACAAAUCCAAGACGUGCUUUCUUUCCCUUACGUUCUGCACUCAACUACAAUGCUCAAAGAAGUGGUAGUAGCACAAACAGCAAAUCAGUUGAGAAACCAAAGGAUUCCCAAACUCAGACUGGGAAACCUCCCUGGAGAAACGGUGCAGGAAGAAACUACAGUGGGAUGUUGAAACUAACACCAGCCAAAAUUGCAGAGAAGAAACGGUUGAGUCUAUGCUUCAAAUUCCUUGGGAAAUGGUCAAGGACUCAUGCGUGA